AUGGCUCUACAAGUACAACAUUUGGAUCAAGAGGUUCAAUUGCAAGAACAAGAAGAAGCUACAAUUGCUCAACCAAGUAAACAAAACUCAAUACUUUCACUUACCAUUGAUGAGUUCCAAUGCAAGAGGGGAAAGAGUUUCGGUUCCCUCAACAUGGAUGAGUUCAUAGCUAGCAUUUGGAGCUCCAAUGAUGAAGAUACAACUACUCAAACUCAGAAGGAUACUAAAAAUGUUGCAACAACAGAACAAACCAUUUCUCAAGAUGGUAACUCAUUUUCUGUACCUACUCCAAUUUGCAAGAAAACUGUUGAUGAAGUUUGGUCUGAGAUUCAUAAGAACACACCGCAAUUCAAAGAAGAAAAUAACCUCCAAAGAAAUGAAACUCUCAUGAAGCAACAAACACUUGGAGAAUUGACUUUGGAGGAUUUUUUAGUAAAAGCUGGUGUUGUACAACAAUCAUCAUCAUAUCCAUUUCAGACUCAUAGUGGCAAUGUUUUGAGGAAUGUGACACCGGUGAAUCUUGCAAGUUAUGGUUUAAUGCCUUCGAUGGGAAUGGGAUUUUCUACUCAAUGUGUGUCGAGUAAUGGUCUUGCAACAUACCAAAUGCUGUCGCAGAAUAAUAACUUAGGAGUGCAGGAUCAAGUGGGUGAAUCAAGUAAUAGGAAGAGGAUAAUUAAUGGUCCUCCUGAUGUUGUGGUGGAGCGAAGGCAACGUAGAAUGUUGAAAAAUCGAGAAUCUGCUGCUCGUUCUCGUGCAAGAAGACAGGCAUAUACAGUAGAGCUCGAGGCAGAGCUGAAUCUGCUAAAAGAAGAGAAUGAAAAGCUGAAACAAGUUCUGGCUGAAGCCGAGCGCAAGCGGAAACAAGAGCUUUUACAUAGAAAUCAUCCAACUAAGGGUCAAAAAGGGACAGAAAAGUUAAGAGCAAUAAGAAGGCCAAUAAGUGCAAUCUGGUGA